AUGAUAUUACUGUUAGAGACAAAUAAGAGCAGGGCCACGUUCACUCUCUGGGGCUUCUCCGAUUACCCAGAACUGCAAGUCCCUCUCUUCUUGAUAUUUCUGGCCAUCUACACUGUCACUGUUGUAGGGAAUCUUGGGAUGAUUGCAAUCAUUAAAGUUAAUCCCAAACUGCACACCCCCAUGUACUUUUUCCUCAGCCACCUCUCCUUUGUGGAUUUCUGUUAUUCCUCCACCAUUGCUCCCAAGGCCAUGGUGAACCUUGUGGUAGAAAACAGAAGCAUUUCGUUUGUAGGCUGUGUGGUACAAUUCUUUUUAUUUUGCACUUUUAUGGUGACUGAGUCCUUUUUAUUAGCUGUGAUGGCCUAUGACCGCUUUGUGGCCAUUUGCAACCCUCUGUUCUACACAGUCACCAUGUCCCAGAAACUCUGUGCUAUGUUAGUCAUUGGACCUUACGCCUGGGGAAUAGCCUGCUCCUUGAUAUUCACAUGUUCUGUUCCCAAAUUAUCAUUUCGGGGUUUCAACAAAAUCAAUCACUUCUUCUGUGAGUUCUCCUCCCUGCUCUCCCUCUCUUGCUCUGAUACUUCUCUCAACCAGAUGCUGCUUUUCAUUUUUGCCACCUUCAAUGGGGUCAGCACACUCUUCAUCAUUCUCCUGUCUUAUGUAUUUAUCACUGUCACCAUCCUCAAGAUGCAUUCAGCCAGUGGUCGCCGCAAAGCCUUCUCCACCUGUGCCUCCCACCUGACCGCCAUCAGCAUCUUCCACGGCACCAUCCUCUUCCUCUACUGUGUGCCCAACUCCAAAAACUCCAGGCACACAGUCAAAGUGGCCUCUGUGUUUUACACAGUGGUGAUCCCCAUGUUGAAUCCCCUGAUCUACAGUCUGAGAAAUAAGGAUGUCAAGGAUACGAUCAGCAAGAUUAUGGACAUGAAAGUCUUUUCUUAUUGA